AUGAGACAAGACUCAAGCUUUAUGACAGCCAAUCCGGCAGCGACUUUACAUUCAUGCCUUGAAAUAUGCUCCCGCCUAUCAACUUGGACGGAGUCUCAAGACUCGUCUCCAAUAAGCGAGCUUGUCCGAGGCCGAGUUGCAAGUUGCGUUGCUGCCGUUCGUAACUUUGUCCGCUACAUACACGACGAGAAGUGUAAUAGCUCUGACCGUUACCCAACCGAGGCAGCUUCUGUACAUACGCAGACAGUAAGACUGGUACAUAGUCAUAUCACCGAAGCCCUCACUCUCCUCAGUUUUGCUAGUCGUGUUGAUAGAGGUGGUGAUUGGGAGAGCCUUGACGCACUUUAUGCAAAGCAGAACAUCUUGGGAGGCAUGAAUGCCUCAGCUUCCGAACCAAAUUAUGUACAUCGCUAUGUACGGGAGUUUGGUUUACUCGCGCAGCUCAGCGUCGGCUUGAUUGAUCCCAUGAACGCGUUAGAACAAAUCAGAGCGUAUUUUUCACCUCGAUACAUUCAUUCCUACACAAGCCGGAGACACUGUCCAUAUGUUGUCGAUGCAACAGCUCCCGCUAGCCGUGGUGGCUUUGGAACAGUCCGUAAAGUUAGGCACACAUUGUUGAAUCCUUCGUUCGCGGAAAAGUCAAUUCAGAAUAUAUUUAGCAAGGCCGAGCGGGACGAUAUCAUGCGAGAAAUAGGUGUACUUGAAGUAUGUCACCAUCGAAACAUUGUCCAGUUUAUCGACGCCUUCGAGAUUGAAGAGGAACCGGAUGCGAUAUAUAUCAUACUGUACCCAUGGGCUCCGUUCACCUUGCAACAAUUUCUUCACGGUCAAGACAACACACGCCGGAACAAAUGCCCGUGGUUCAAUAUCGACAACCAUGAGUCUGAUCUCAUCAUAUUCCGCGUUAUGAACGAGAUGGCCCAAGCUGUCACAUACCUACACCAUCUGUCAAUCAAACACAAAGAUAUUAAGCCAGAGAACAUACUACUGCAACAUGCCGAAACCGACCAGGUCACUCCGCUUCUUACCGACGUUGGUCGAAGUAAGAUCUUCUCUCACGGGUCCAGCACAGAUUUCUCGAAACAGGGUUCAUAUCAGUUUCUGUCUCUAGAGCAGAUUCAGGAGCUUGAGAGCACGCUCAAGGUUGACAUCUGGCAGUUGGGCUGCUGUUUUGCCAUGCUUCUGGCUGUUGCUUCUGGAGGGACGCCAGCGGUGAGAAAGCUGUGGAGCAGCUUCCAGGAUACCAAGAGCCGUGCGUCCUGCAAUAUCGCUCUAGAGUACGAAUCAUUCAUGAAAUGCUUUGGUGAGAUUUGCUUGCCACGGUGCCACAAAUCGCAGUGGAAGCAAGCCUACGUUCUUGUGACGCGUAUGCUCAAUUUGACUGCUAAGGAUAGGAUUGGAGCUGAGGACGUGUGUGAAGCGCUUCAAACACUGAUGUCAACAUGA